AUUAUAAACAUUCAAUGUCCCCCAAAUAACCAAUCGAGAGAUAGUUAACAAUUAAUCUAGUCAUAGAUAAACUUUGAACGUGGAGUAUUCGUGACUUAAAAACCAUGAGUGAAAAACAUCUACAAAAAGGUAGUGCAUUUCCUGCAAAGAGCGACGAUGGGAAAUGGCGACUGUAUUCGAUGCAAUACUGCCCGUAUGCCCAACGAGCUCGCAUAAUAUUGGCAUUAAAAAAUGUACCACAUGAAAUUGUGAAUGUAAACACUACAAAUAAGCCCGAGUGGUUUCUCGAAUUAAAUUCGUUAGGCAAAGUGCCCGUCUUGGAUACAGGGUCGUCUAUCAUACCGGAAAGUUUAGUCAUAUGUGACUAUUUAGAUGAAAUUUUUCCUGAACCACCAUUACAUUCGAAAGACGAACAGCGGCGUGAAAGGGAUGCUGCGCUUUUGAAAGAGUUUGACGAGUUUCUGACAAUCUAUCACGGUGGAAUUCGGUCACAGGAUGAGGCGAGUUAUCCUGCGUGCGUUCAGGAAUUGACAACGCGUGUUGCCAAGUUUGACGAGGAGUUGAGGAAGAGAGGUACCUACUUCGGGGGUGAAAAACCCCAAAUGAUCGACUUUAUGCUUUGGCCGUGGGCCGAAAGGGCACCCAUCGCAAGUCAAAUAUUCAAGGAGAAUUUUCCAGAUGCAACUGUUUUUCCCAGUUUGUACAGCUGGUGUGCAAAGAUGCGCGUGAACCCUGUUUUGCAGGAUACAAAGACUGAUUUUAGAAAACAACUGAAGUUCUACGAACUUUACCGAUGUGGAGGUUUCAUUGAUUACGAUAUGCCUAUAUAAACUUAAAGUGUGCCUAUAUGCAAUAUAACAAUUAUGUACUGUUUAACUUCAUUUACCAAGCAUUCUAAACGAAUCACACACAUACAAAAAUUAUUAUAAUCGAUCGUCCUAGAAAUCUUGUUUUGUUUAGCAAACAUUAUGCUAUAGGUUCGCCAUAUUGGAAUAAUCACAGUUUCGUAAAUGUGGAUUGUUGAGUAUGCUUCCGAUGCUUCACGCAGGGUAACUAGCAUGGUGAUUGUUGGCGCCUAGAGUUGUUCACACUCCUUCGCGAACACUUACCCAGAGAUCAAAGAUUUUGAAACUCUUUCCAACCUAAAAGUUUAAAAAAAUGGCUGAAAUGCUCUAAGUAGUGAUGAGGAUUCGCAUUUGGUAUGCGUAAAGUACACUUUUUGCACGGAAAGAUUUAGAACAUUCCGCAAUGUUAACUCAGCGGUCAUUUCAAAAUGGUGAACCGAACGCAACAUUUCUAAAACUUUCUUUAAAUGUUUAACCUAAUACAACAUUUUGUAUACUAGUAAACUUAUAGAUAAAUAAACGACCAUUUCAUUAUUUUCAA